AUGGAGAACCUGCUGUCCCUGGCCUUCGACAACCUGUCCUCGUACGACGGGCCCAAGAUCCGGAAGGGGCUGCGCCAGGUCGAGGGGCUGCUGGCCAACAUAUGCCUGUCGCGGUCGGCCGGCGGCGGGGACCGGGACCACCACCGGCGGUCGUCGUCGCUCGCGAGCCACGAGGAGGUCUGCGAUGAGGACGACAAGGAGAACGGCGGCGCCGGGGCCAAUGCCGUGCGGGGGGCGCCGUCGCCCUCGCCGCCGCCGUCGCCUGCGCCGCCCAAGACCCUCGCCGAGCUCGCCGACGACCCCGCCUUCUGCGAGUUCUUCAAGCUGCAAGAGGGCUUCGAGUGGAACGUGGCCCUGCGUCUGGUCAACACGCUCGACCGCCUGCUCGCCCGCGGCGCCGACGGGUCCAACGACCUGCUCAUCCUAAGCGCCCUCGACCUCGUCCAGGGCGUCAUGCUGCUCCACCCCCCGAGCAAGGCCCUCUUCUCCCGCGAGAUGUAUAUGAACCUCCUCCUCGACCUCCUCGAGCCCGACUUCUGCCCCGCCAUCCAGUCCGCCACCGUCGUGACGCUCGUCACGGCGCUCGUCGGCGCGCCGCGCAACACGCGCACCUUCGAGGCCCUCGACGGCCUGCUCACCGUCACCUCGCUCUUCCGCAGCCGCGCGACGAGCCGCGACGUCAAGCUCAAGCUCGUCGAGUUCCUCUACUUCUACCUCAUGCCCGAGCAGCCCGCCGCCCCCGGCGCCUCCGCCCGCCGCCGCGGCUCCCUCCCCGCCCUCCUCCUCCACCAGCGCAGCCCCAGCCGCCUCUCCCGCGCCUUCCCCUUCGGCGCCCUCGGCAACCUCUCCUCUGCUGCCGCCGCCGCCGCCGCCCGCCCCGGCUCCGCCAGCGGCGCCGUCGUCGCCGAGACCCGCUCCCAGGAAGAGAAGCAGGCCCUCCUCGGCCGCCACCUGCGCAGCGUCCAGGAGCUCGUCGAGGACCUGCGCCAGAACGCGCCUUUCGGCGGCGUCGUAGGCUAG